AAAUUUCGAAAAGCUUAAUUUUCUGUGGCUUGCGUCCUUCAAAAAUCAGAUUUUUUUCCUUUUCCUAGUUUCUUCUCUUUAUAUAUAGAUACAAUGCCCGGUUUCGACUUGAACAAUCUUCCAGAAAGAGAAGAAGACAUCAACUUUGAUGAUAUUUAUGAAAAGCAUCAUGUUCCCAUGGAAACCGACUUUGACACUAUUGUCGUCGUCGAUGGUGCUCCCAUUGUUAAUGAAGCAAAAGAGGCAAAAUUCAUCAGUGUCAUUAGUAAGCUCUUUACAAAAGAAGCAGGUGAAAUCAAAGAAAAUGGCGUUUGGAUGCCCAUGACACCUAAUGAUGAAGGAGAAAAGACUAGCUCAGGUUAUCUCUUUAUUGACUUUGUUUCAGCAGAAUCUGCUCAUGCUGCAGUAAAAAAGUUGGAUGGCUAUAAAAUGACAAGGACUAUUACUCUUAGUGUCAACAAGUUCACCGAUGUUGAAAAGUAUAGCGACAUGAAUGAAGAAUAUAUUGAACCUGAAAUCGAACCUUUCACUCCUAAAGAGCACUUGAAGAGUUACUUGAUGGACCCAUUGGCUCGCGACCAAUUUGUCAUGUAUAAAGGCGAUGAUGUAUCUGUAUUUUGGAACAGAAAGAGCGAUCCACCAGAACAUGUCUACACUAGAGCUAACUGGACAGAAACAUAUGUUCAAUGGUCACCUAAGGGUUCUUACCUUGCCACUUUCCACACUCAAGGCAUUGCCCUCUGGGGUGGUCCUUCCUGGAACAAGAUUGUUCGUUUCGUCCAUCCUGGUGUCAAGUUGAUCGAUUUCUCUCCUAAUGAGCGCUACCUUGUCACUUGGUCCAACGAACCUAUCAGCUUAGCUAAAUUACCCGAGAAUCAACAUCCCUUCAGUGAAUACGAUGAAGGCAACCAAAUCAUCAUCUGGGAUGUCAAGACGGGUAACUUGUUACGUACCUUCCCUCUUGUUCAAACCUCCGAAGAGCAAAAGACCGUUCGCUGGCCGAUGUUUAAGUGGUCUGCUUCUGAAAAAUACUUUGCUCGUGUCGUUCCUGGUCAACAAUUAUCUGUCUAUGAAGCGCCUUCCAUGGGCUUGGUCGGAAAGAAGAGUAUCAAGGUACCUGGUAUUGUUGAUUUCGAAUGGUCACCUGCCAAGGGCGAUGCCUCAGACCUCAAGAUCUACCAAAAGGAAGAAGUGUUGGCCUUCUGGAUCCCUGAAUCCGGUAACCAGCCUGCCCGUGUCAACCUGAUGGGCAUUCCCUCCAAGGAAACCAUAGCUACCAAGACUUUGUUCAAUGUCUCAGAAUGUAAACUCUAUUGGCAGAAUCAAGGUCAUUACUUGGCUGUCAAGGCAGACCGUCAUACAAAGACCAAGAAGUCUACUUUUGCAAACAUUGAAAUCUUUGAUGUCAAUCAAAAGGGUGUUCCUGUGGAAACGAUCGACCUCAAGGACCCAAUGAUCGCAUUUGCCUGGGAGCCCUAUGGUGAUCGUUUCGCUGUCAUCACCACCAGUGAUCCUAACUUUGGCGCUACACCUGCUCACGGCCAAGCACCCGCCACGAUCAAGACCGACGUCAAGUUCUUCUAUCUCGACAAGUCCAAGAAGAGCGCUUCUGGCUUCAGAUUGAUGAAAACACUCGAAAAGAAGACGGCCAACUACCUCUUCUGGUCACCCAAGGGUCACAAUAUCGUCCUGGCCACUCUGCGUUCCGUAAGCAAUGCCGAUCUCGAGUUCUACGAUCUUGACUUUGAGCCCCUUACGACCGACAAGAAGGACAAGAAGAACCCUGGUGCUUCUGUGCAGUUACUGUCUACUCAGGAACACUAUGGUGUCAGUGACGUUGAGUGGGAUCCUACCGGUCGCUACGUUGUUACUGGAUCUAGCAUGUGGCGCAACUCUGCCGAUCACGGUUUCUGUAUCUGGGAUUUCAAGGGACAACAAUUGUUCAAGCAAAACAUUGAAAACUUUAAGCAGUUGCUCUGGAGACCUCGUCCUGAAAGCUUGUUGUCUGAAGAACAAAAGAAGAAAAUCAAGAAGAAUCUUCGUCAAUACUCUAAGCAGUUUGAUGAAGAAGAUCUUGCCAUGGGUGAUGCUACUGCUGCUAAGCUUCGUGCUGAACGUAAAAAGGCAUUUGAAGAAUGGUACGCAUGGAGAAAGAAUGUCGAGCGCACACUCGAUGAAGAACGUAAUGCGCUCGGUAAGCAAGUCAAAUUGGCUGAUGAAGACAGAACUGAAGUUAUUGAGGAAUGGGUUGAAGAAGUCAUUGAAGAGACUGAAGAAAUCAUUGGUUAGAUCAUCUGUACACACUUUAUUCAGAAAUUAUAAUAAAAUAAAAUUUCAGACAACAAAAAGCCAAAGAAUGAUUAGUAAAUUAAUUAUUGAUGUUAACUACUUGUAUUGAAAAGAGAGAG